AUGAAGAAGGGGGUCGUGAGAUGGUCCAAACGUCUCGCUCGCUUCCUCGUGUCUCGUGUGCUGCGUUGCGGUCCCAUCCCGAAGCAUGUCGCCUUCAUCAUGGACGGGAAUCGAAGGUCUGGAGGUUCGAGGAGGAUGAAGAGGUUGAGUGAAGGGCAAGAAGGGCAUGCGUAUGGCUUCCUGCAGCUCAAAGAAUGCUUGAAAUGGUGCCUGGACCUGGGAAUCAAAGUCGUCACGGUUUAUGCUUUCAGCUUGGAAAACUUCAAGCGGUCAGCUGUUGAGGUGGAGACUAUCAUGAAGUUAGCGGAGGAGAAGCUGAACGAGCUAGCGGAGGAGAGAGGCUUCCUGGACCGGCACGGGAUCAAAGUGCAGAUCCUUGGGGACCUGGACGUCCUCCCUCAGCACGUGAAGGCGGCAGCCUGUCGGGCGAUGAAGGUCAGCGAACAUCACGAGCAGGCUGUUCUCAACAUCUGCAUCGCCUACACGUCCCUUGCCAACAUGGCAGAGGCUGUUGAGGAUGGGACGUUGAAACCUGAUGACGUCACGGACGAGUUGUUCUCUGAAUCUCUCUACACCCGCCCUGUCUCACAGGUCGAUCUGCUGGUCAGAACCUCAGGAGAGACGAGGCUCAGCGACUUUCUGCUCUGGCAAUCCGCCUGUGCCUGCGUUCAGUUCCAACCGGUCUUGUGGCCAGACUUCUCCCUCUGGCAUCUCGCCUCUGCCAUCCUCCAAUACCAGCGCUCCUUCUCCGACCUUCAA